UUAGCGUAAUUCGUUCCAUUAGGCGUAGUGGUGCAGCAAAUACUUUUGUGAUAGGUGUUUUGAAAAGAAAUAAGUUUGUGUCACAAAAACAGCAAUUCUGUACUUCUCUCUCUCAGCAGACUCUGUACUGUGUGAAUUUAUAAUUUACGUUUCAUCAAAAGAAAGAAUGGAAGAAUAUAGUUUAACAUACCAAUGGGUACAGUAUGGGUGUACAGGUUCGUCGCCAUUUCGCAGCAGUAAUUUUGGCUUUCGAGGAAGGAAUUGGUUUUUCAGUUACAUUGUGGAGGCUAAACUACGCAUUUUACAACUUUAUCGAGAAGAAAUCGAUGAACCUGUUCAAUUAAAAGGAUUUGUAGUAAUAAGAACAAAAGAGUCAUGUAAUAAGGUGUUUGAAGUUAACUGUAGAAUGAAUGCUGGUGUAAUGAAAACUACAAUUGGAAGUCUACCAUAUUCCAAAGGAUAUUACAAUAAUAGCACGAUAGACAUAACAUGUGGUAUAUUUAUUACAAAAUUCGUCGAACGGAAAGAGGAAAUUGGAUGUACAUGCCAUAAAAGUAUAGAAAAAAUACCACCAAGCAUGAAUUUUUUUUCUAAACUUUCACGUGACAUGCAAGCAAUGUAUGACAGGCAUGACUACUCGGACUUCGUUCUUGUAUGCAAUAAUUUGGAAUUUCAUGCUCACAAAUGUCUACUUUCCGCCAGAUCUCCGGUUUUUGCCCAAAUGCUUCAGCAUCCCAUGUUGGAAACUACUGACAACAGAAUGCUCAUUAAGGAUAUAGAUGCGGACACCUUGGAGAAACUACUGCUGUUCAUGUACAGCGGUCAAGCAAACCCGUCAUCUUAUUCGCAGGCUCGUGACCUUUACUACGCAGCUGACAAAUACGCCGUGUAUGAUCUUAAACGUAUCUGUGGUGAAUUCAUUCCUUCAUUCCUGUCGAGUUCCACAGCUCUUGAGACUUUAAUAUUAUCAGAUAGACAUCAAGAUGAUGACCUAAUGAAUGAAACAAUGACAUUCAUUGCCUCUGUGUUUGAAGAAAUUAAAUCUACUGAAGCGUGGAAUAUCUUUCUGAAGGAAAAUUCGGCUUUGGGAACAAAGGUAACGAGGCUGGGAAACGAAAGCUGCUGGUAAUGUGAGGCUCAGAAAAGCAGUCGAGCUGUGACUUGGAGAGAAAACAUCGUAUUUAACAAGUUCAUAGCAGUCUGAAUCCAUAAUAAUAAUGAGAUGUAAUACAUACAACAUAUGUAAAAAAUAAGAUAAGAUAAA